CCUCUGAUCGAAGGAAAAAUAUUGAUCUUCAACUUAUACCAUUGGAGCAAUGGGAUGCGCUACUGAAGUUGUGGGAUGAUAAAAAGCAUAAGGAACUUUCUGAUCGUAAUAAGAAAAAUAAGUCCAAACAAAAAAUGCGUCAUAGAAUGGGUAGAACUUCAUAUGCCGUCAUACGUGAGAAAUUGCGUAACGAGGACCCAGAGAAAAAGCUUCCAAACCGUAUCAAAAUGUUUGACUUCACCCAUAAAAGGCCUGGAUGUUCCAUGGAUGACGAGUCUGCGGAAAAGUUGGAAAAAAUGCAGCGUGAAUUAAGUUUGCAACCUAAAGAAAUGCAACAGGACAACGAUGUUAUUGAUGAAACCUUCACCAAAGUAAUGGGACGUGAUAGACGUGGAUAUGUACGCAUGUUUGGGCCUGGAGUAACCCCAAAACAAGUGUUUGGCUUAGAAGGACUACGCGCUCAGAGGCAAGGACAACAUAUCUCAGAAUUAAGGUUAGAGAAUAGCCAAUUGAAAGAACAGAUUUCUCAACAAGGUGUAGAGAUGAAUGAGAUGAAGUCUCAAAUAGCUAUGCUUAUGCAAUUCAUGACAUCAUUCCAAUCUUCUCAAGGAUAGGUAUAAUAUAUACUUUAAUUUCUAUACAUUUAUAAUUGAGUUUUCUAUAUACUAUAUCUUUGGUGGAUGUAUCUUCAUAACCAUAAUGAUUCCAUAUGUAUCAAUCUAUGAUAUGUUUGUUAAUGAUUGAUGUGUCAUGCUCCAUUGUAGUGACAGUCUAGAGUUCAUUUUUCACUCUGUAUAUAUAGGUGAUGGUGGUUGGAUGAGGUAUAACAUAAGAGUAUAGGGUGUUGAGAGGAGACAAACUUCUUGGACAACCUUACACUAAGACUUUGUCCUAAUUUCUUGAAGGAACCUUCACCUUUAAACAUUAGGAAGAACACUAGUAGAAAUAAUGUAAGUUCCUAAUAAAU